AUGGCCUCCUCCGACGACAAUGUUCCCGACUCGACCGACUGGCUCUCGACGCCGCUCUCCGGCUUCGCAGCCGUCGAAGCCGCCCUGCGCUGCCAAGUCUGCAAGGACCUCUACAAGACGCCCAUGAUCACCUCCUGCUCGCACACCUUCUGCUCCAUCUGCAUCCGGCGGGCGCUCUCCAACGACGGCAAAUGCCCCAUGUGCCGCGCCUCCGAGCAGGAGCUCAAGCUGCGCAGCAACUGGUCCAUGGAGGAGACGGUCGAGGCCUUCUCCAAGGCGCGGGCGGCGGCGCUGAGCCUUGCGCGGAGUCAUGGUCUUGACGGGUCGAGCAGGAGUCGGUCGCCGAAGAGGAAGGCGUCCGAGGCGCAUGUGUCGCAUGAACCGAAGCGGUUGCGGACGUCGGCUCGGUUGAGCAGAACCCGGGGGGAGACGGGUGUGCCGGUUGAUGUGACGCCGUCUGAGGAGGUGGAGGAGCAGGUUGUGCCUGAUUCGAACAACGACGACGAGGACGACGACUAUGUUCCGGAUGCUCCAAACGGCCUUGUUCCCUGUCCCCUCUGUAACAAAAAGAUGAAAGAGUGGCAGGUAUUCGGCCACUUGGAAUCCUGUCCCGGCCCUUCAGCAGCAGCAGCAGCAGCAAGCAAUCCAAAUAACACCGUCGCCUCCGAUAACGCAGCAGCACCCUCCUUUGCGCAAUCCCGCCGAAAGCAGCAAAGGACACUCGAACGACUGCCCCCCCUCAACUACUCCAUGCUCAAGGAACAAGCCUUGCGGAAGAAAAUGUCCGACCUCGGCAUCUCCAGCCAGGGGCCCCGCGUGCUCCUGGAAAAGCGCCACAAGGAGUGGCUCACCCUCUGGAACGCAAACUGCGACGCGGCGAUACCGAAGAAGCGCUCCGAGCUGCUGCACGACCUGGAUGCGUGGGAGCGCACGCAGGGGGGCCGGGCGCCGACCAUGGGACGGGUCGCGCAGACUGCGGCGGCGAUCAAGGACAAGGAUUUCGAUGGCGCGGCGUGGGCGGCGAGGCAUGAUUCUUCGUUUAGGGACCUGAUUGCGAGUGCGAGAAGGAGCAGGCAAGAGGCGGCGACGAAGAAGACGGAAGAGGCGGAUCAAGUGGUGGACGAGUCGUCCUCUCAACCACCCGAUAGGGUGCCGCCGACGAUGGACGGCUCGUUGCCUCAACAGGGAGAAUCAAAGUCAGAAGCAGCUCCGGGGUUGGAAUCGGUGUUGCCUCCUUCUCAUGCUGAGCCAAUGUCCUGGGAGCUCUCACAACGACCGAUAGGCUCGACACCUUCCGCGGAGGGAAGGAUAGGAGAAGCAGACAAAUACUAA